ACCAGAAUUUCUUUCAGUUUGUAUGCAACCGCCACUUCUCUAUAGUUUUAGGUUUUGUGGUUGUAGUUCUCUAUUGACAAAUGACAGGAAAGAACCCAAGUUGAAAAAUUAAAGUGGUGAGACUAGAUUCAACCUACUACUAGCUUGUGUCAAGGAAAAUUAGUGAAAUUAUUCGAUUCGUUAUUGGUCCCAUAAAUAAUAAUGACGUAAGAUUUGAUGAAAUACUUCAGACACAGUAUCCUUCACUAUAUAACAAAACUUUUAAAUAAAAAUAAAAAUUUUGGGUAUAUAUGAAUUCAUUAUGUCCCGAUUUCUAAGAAUACCCUUUGUAUUAAACCACUUAAGCAGAAGGUUUCAGCAGACACAGGCCAAACUAGCUACAAAAAUAAAAAUUAAGCAACCUUAUCAACAUUUGGGAUGCCUUGCAGGAGGUCCAGUAUUUAGAAAUGCCAAACUUUUUCCUGAUAGGGUUGCUGUAAGAGAUAAAAUUGCUGCCUACACCUAUGGAAAUGUAUUUAUGAGUGCCUAUCAGCUUUCAAAGGAAAUCACCAACCUUUUAGAUUGUAAAUCCCAUGAAAAAGUUUUGUUUCUGUGUCCAAAUGAUGUUCAGUAUGUAAUUACACUUUGGGCAAUUUGGAUGUCUGGACAACUUGCGGUGCCUGUUAGUCCUCUACACCCAAAAGGCCUACUUCUGUACUACACAAAUGACUGCUCUGCAAAACUAAUCAUCACAGUGCCAGAAUUCUCUGAUCUUAUGCGAAUAAUCUCCAAAAAUUGCGGCACCCGGCUUCAUGUGUUAGAUGAUAAACUUAAAUUGAACUGUACCUUGAUGCAAGCUAGUCAACCAAGUGACUUGGAAGGUGGUCGAGAUGAUAUUUUUUACAACAAAUCGGAUGCUAUGAUUUUGUAUACUAGUGGAACAACUGCCAAUCCCAAAGGAGUAGUACUUUCAUACAAAAAUCUCUCGACACAAGCGUCGGCGCUACUCGAUGCCUGGAAAUGGUCUUCGGAUGACGUAAUAUUGCAUACAUUACCUUUACACCAUAUACAUGGCAUUGUUAAUGCUCUGUUGUGUCCUCUUUAUGCAGGGGCUAAAAUAAUGAUGCUAAAUAGGUUUCAUGCAAAUACAGUUUGGUCUUAUUUGUUAGGUGUAAAUGCACGUCCAGAUGACAGGAGAAUAACUGUUUUUAUGGGCGUGCCCACAAUGUACUCAAAAUUAAUACAGGAAUAUGAAAGAGUAUUUAAAAAAGAUCCAAAAAUGGCAGAAUAUAUUAAAAAUACAUUAAAAACUAAGGUUAGAUUAACUGUUACUGGAUCUGCUCCUUUGUCAGAGCCUUUGUUUAAAGAAUGGGAAGAAAUCACAGGCCAUAGAUUGUUAGAAAGAUAUGGCAUGACUGAAACUGGUAUGACACUGUCAAAUGUAUAUGACUCAGACAGAGCACCAGGAUUUGUAGGAGUUCCUUUGCCAGGGGUUUCUACGAAAAUUAUAGAAGUUAAAGACGGACCUAAUUUUGGAAAAACCCUCGUGGAAUGUACUAACGUGGACGGAACAGUUGUUUACCAAAAAAAUGGACAAAAAAUGGCUGAUGGGCAGAACCCGACUGGUGAACUUUUUGUUAAAGGUGAAGGAGUCUUUAUGAGAUAUCAUCAAAGACCUGACACUACCAAAGAAGUUUUUACACAAGACGGAUGGUUCAAAACUGGGGAUAUUAGUCAGUUUUCGGUUGAAAAAAAAGUGUUUAAAAUAUUAGGAAGGAAAAAUAUAGAUAUCAUAAAAUCUGGAGGCUUUAAGGUCAGUGCUCUCGAAAUAGAAUCUGCUCUACUAGGUCACCCAUCUAUUAGAGAUUGCGUCGUAUUUGGCCUAGAAGACCCCAAAUUGGGUCAAAAAAUAUUUGCAAUAGUCACCCUUAAGGAAACUGAGUUUAAAGGAAAAAAGGUUCCACUAGAAGUCAGUGUGACCAGCAUGCUUAGAUGGAUGGAAGAUCGGGUACCGAAAUAUGCCGUUCCUAGGGAAAUUAGAUUUGUGGAUUCGAUACCCAAAAACUCCAUGGGGAAGGUAAAUAAGAAAGAGUUGUUUCAGAAAGCAUUUGGCCCUCAAUACUGAAAACUAAGCAACCUGGAGAAAAGAUUCCCUAUUGAAGAGAUUGUAUGCGACAUCAACACGUUUCAUUAUCGAUGAUGAAAAUUCUUACCUAAUACCGAUAUUUUAGAAAACGAGAUUAAAUAUUUUCAUAAACGAAAAAGGAAGUGUGGAUAAAUUUUCUUUGGCAGAUGUGUCUUUUAAUAUUGUUAUUUUUAAUUAUGUUUAAUAUAGGAUGCGAUUCAUAUAUC